UUGGUGCAGCUCACCCUAUCGCGUGAUAUCCUGUAUCGGAAGGUUUUCCUCGUAUUGAUUGAAGGUGUAAAACCCCACACUGAAUGACGACAGAGCAUAGCGCAUCACUCACCAUUCAUCCGUGGGUGCUCGUAGACUGGAGAAAUAAUGCUGACGGUGUGCCUGUGGCUUGUCGCCGUAGUGGUCGUCGUUGCGAGUCCCAAACAAUUGUGCCCCAACCAGUCGGUGCCCCUGGAGGAAAGCAUGUUCCUGGUGCCCCAACUGUCCAGGAACAACAUCCCAGGGUCACACCCCCACUAUGCCUACCUGACCGGGGAGAGGACGUGUCGGCCACUCGGUUUGUCUGGGGGUCGGGUCUGUCCUUGGCACUACCGCAUCAACCACGAUAGCGACAGGGAACCCAGCUUGAUCAUUGAAGCUAUGUGUAGUUGUAGCCAAUGCAGAAACACGAGAGGCGCCUGUAAGCCUGUGUACGUCCCAAGAACGGUGCUGCGACGUCAUCGACGACGGAACUGUUUGAAAUGGGCAGUGGAGCGAUUUUCAGUGGCAUGUACUUGUCAUGUAGAUGCAGUAGGAAGCUCUCCUCCAGUCCUUGAUCGCAGGACAAAAACAUAAUUUUAUGUAUUUUGUAAAUCGAAUUGCAUCAGGCACAGAGUAAUAAAAUUAUAAAUAUACUGAAACACUUUGAAAACGCAAAAUCAAUUUUAACUCGAAAUCAGAAAAGGUGUGUUUUCAAUCUCCAAACACAUCGCAUGAGAUUCGAAGCAGUUUGAUAUUGUUGCGUUUGAUAAUUUCAUGCCAAAUACCCUCAAAUUAAUUUGAUUUUUGUGGCCAAAUAUUACAAAACAUGGAGUAUUCGUUUUCAACGUGUUUCAGUAUAUAUCACUAGACAAUC